AUGAGCGCAAGCCUCAACUGGGGAAGUUUCGACUCAUCUCAACACCUUCAAAUGGAGCAUACAUAUUUAACAAUAUUCCUGAAAUGCAUGCAUUCCUCAAUCUCAGUGUCAGUGGAGGGAGUAGGAGCUGAAAAUGUUGCUGUUGAUGGCACUGUUUUCAUCAAUGCAACAGUUUCAAUUGCAACCACAGAUGACAAUUUCAUUUGUGCUACUUUAGAUUGGUGGCCUCCUGAUAAAUGUGACUAUGGAACCUGUAGCUGGGGCAGGGCUUCUCUACUUAACUUGCUUUUUCUCCCAUUGAAAAUUAGACUGGGUGGAACCUUGGAGGAUGUAGUUAUAUAUGAAAGCAAAGAUAAUCACCAACCCUGUACACCAUUUGUUAAGAAUGCUUCAGAAAUGUUUGGUUUCUCAAAAGGUUGCUUGCCCUUGUCUCGAUGGGAUGAACUCAACGUGUUCUUCAGAAAAGCUGGGGCAGCUGUUAAUUUUGGAUUAAAUGCGCUAAGUGGUAGGAUAAUAAGCUCCGAUGGUUCAGCAGUGGGAGCCUGGAACUCCAGCAAUGCUGAAUCUCUUAUGAGAUACACUGUCAACAAGGGCUAUACUAUUUAUGGUUGGGAGCUAGCAAUGGUCGGAACUUGUUUAUUGCUUUGGCAAGAUACCAGCCGACCGCAUAACCAUUACAAUGGUUAUGGCUGGAUCGAGAGAACUUUGGAUUAG